AUGACCCUAACAAUCCACCACCUCCACCGCUCCCAAUCCGAAAGGGUAGUCUGGCUCUGCGAAGAACUCAACAUCCCCUACAAGCUAGAAACCUACGACCGAGACCCAACAACCCUCUCAGCCCCAGCCCAAUACCGCAACCUGCACUGGACAGGAACAGCCCCAAUAAUCACCGACGGACCCAUCACCCUCGCCGAAACAGGCGCCAUCUUCGAAUACCUCCUGACCAAAUACGGCCAUGGCAAACUCGCCCUGCCCCCAACCCACCCCCAAUACCCGGACUACCUCUUCUGGCUCCACAACGCCAACGGCUCCCUGAUGCCAGGACUCUUGCAAUUGAUGUUCAGUCGCAUGAACAGCCCGACUAGUCCUACGGAGGACAUGGGCGCGCAGGUCUUUCAGAAGCGUGUCGACGCGAACUUCCAGGGCAUGGAUGCGCAGCUGGCGCAGUAUCCGUAUCUGGCCGGUGAGGAGCUCACGGCGGCGGAUUGUAUGGUGCUUUUCUCGUUGACUACUUUCCGGACGUUUUCGCCGUUCUCGUUGGAGGCUUAUCCCAAUAUCGUGCGGUAUUUGGAGCGUGUUUCGAGGCGUGCGGGUUAUAAGAGUGCCAUGGCGAAGGCUGAACCGGGGAUGGAGCCUGUUGUUUCGGCUGCUGUGCCGAAGAGUAUUUUUGGUUGA